AUGUCAACAGGCCUACCCGCACCAUGGACCGUGAGGUUUAGCAAGUCCAAGCGCAGAGAAUACUUCUACAACCCAGAAAACAAGCAAUCGCAGUGGGAGGAGCCCGAAGAUACCGAUCAUGCGCAGCUCAAACAGUAUCUGGCCGAAAAUCCGGUUAAAGUGCGCUGCCUGCAGCUCCUAAUCAAGCACAAGGACUCACGCCGCCCUGCGUCGCAUCGCACAGACCCAAUCACAAUAUCCAAAGACGAAGCGCUCGAGGAGCUCGCCGCGUGCCAGAAGCGCAUCGCUCAGGGCGAACGGUUCGAGGACGUUGCCCGUGAACGCAGCGAUUGCUCGUCGUACAAACGCGGCGGCGAUCUGGGAUUUUUCGCGCGCGGCGAAAUGCAGCCGCCUUUCGAGAAAGCUGCGUUUGCCCUCCGCGUUGGCGAAACGACGUCCACACCUGUAACUUCCGAUUCCGGCGUCCAUCUCAUCAAACGGGUCGCAUAA